AUGUGUGCCUCCUAUAGAUACGAGCGACGACCGCAGCCUCGGGCUACCUCUUACGAGAGGACCGCUGGCUACGAGAGGCGCCGCAGCCCACCAUCCUACGAGAGCGAAGAAGACUCUCAGGAGGACUACACGGACUACGACGACUACGACGACGACGUUCAGCCUUCCGACUCUGCCUCCACAAACCACGGCGGCAGGCCACAGCUACGCACCCGCCCCUCGGAACAAGCCGCCGCGAGGCGCCAACGCCCAGCGGCUAGACAAGACGCCUCCUACCAUCAGCAGGUGCAGUCUUAUGCACCCGCCGCACCGCCCAGCGUGGAUCCGUCCGAAGAAUACGGCCACUAUGGCCACUAUGGCCAUGGCCAGCAUCAGCAGCACCCAGCUGGUCGCAACGGCUACUACGGCCGUGGACAUCCGUCUUAUCCCCCUCAGCAGCAAAAUCAUGUAGGCCCGUACAUGGGCUACAACGGCGGCAACCAAAUGACGCCCUACGGCAACUACGGCGCCAAUCCCUUCUCCGCCAACGGCUCCAACGCUGGCAGCUACUAUGGGGGGGAUCAGAGGCACAUGUAUGACAUGAUGCCCUAUGGCGCUCCGCCUCCAGGUCCCUACUAUAACGGACCACCUGGGGCCCACUACAACAACUUGCCGCCUCAUAUGCAGCAAUACCACUUGCCGCAGCCACCGCAGCCACCGCCAACUGAAGCUCCCGCCCCCGCUACACCUCCGGCCCCGAAAGAGCCCACUCCGGCUCCGCCCCCGCCGCCCGAUCCUGAAAAAGAGCGUCUGCAAAAGGAGCUUGCUGAAUUCAAGGCCGAACAGGAGAGGGCCAAGGAAGCAGCAAAGCAGCGAGAGCUGGAGGAGAAGAUCCGCAAGGAUGCCGAGGAUGCCCUGGCGAGGAAGAUGGAGGAAAUGAGACUGCAGCAGGAGGAGGCCAAGAAAGAGAUUGAGCGAGCUCGAUUGGAAGCUGAUCGCAUUGCUCGUGAAAGAAUCGAGGCCGAGAGGAAGGCAGAAGAGGAUAGAAGGCGACAGCAUGCCGAAGCUAUGGCCCGGGCAGAGGAAACUGCGAGACUCAAAUUCCAAGCAGAAAUCAAGGCAGCUGAAGACCGGAGGAGGAGAGAAGACGAAGACCGCGCCCGGGCUGAGGAGGCAGCUCGUCUCCGUCUAGAGGCCGCCAUCAGGGCAGAAAGCGCUGCCAAGGCGGCUGCUGAAAAGAAGGCCGCCGAAGAAGCUGCCCGGAUUGAAGAGCAAACCCGCCUCCGGCUUGAAGCUGCCAUGAAAGCCGAGGCCGAAGCCAAGGCAGCCGCGGCUGCGAGAGCUGCCGAAGAAGCUGCCCGGAUUGAGGAAGCAGCCAGAGCCCGUGUCGAGGCGGCUCUCAAGGCCGAGGCCGACGCCAAGGCCGCAGCGGCAAAGAAGGAGGCUGAAGAGGCCGAGAGACUCAGAUUGAUCCACGAAGAAGCCAAACUCAAGGCCGAGGCUGAACACCGGGCCCGGCUCGAAGCAGAAAGAGAGGCCGCACAAAAAGCUGCUGAAGCCGCUGCCGCUGCAAAGGCCGAGGCUGAGGAACUGAGGAAGAGGAUCCAAGAUGAGACCAGGGCCACCAUUGAAGAAGCAACUAGGAAAGCAGAGGAGGCUGCCAAAAAGGCGGAGUUGGCUCCUAUCAAGUUCAAAGAUGCCGUUGGUCGGAAGUUUAGCUUCCCCUUUCACUUGUGCAAUACCUGGCAGGGAAUGGAGGAGUUGAUUAAGCAGGCCUUUUUACAGGUGGAUGUUCUAGGUCCACAUGUCCAAGAGGGCCACUAUGACUUGAUCGGUCCUAAUGGCGACAUCAUCCUUCCCUCUGUCUGGGAGAAGGUGAUUGAGCCGGAUUGGGCCAUUACCAUGACCAUGUGGCCGCUCGACAAGGCGCCACCGGUUGGCGGCCCAAAACUUCCACCUGGGAUGCCACCGAUGCCGAAUAAGGACCAUCUGCCCCCGGGAAUGCCACCCCUCAACCGACCAAGACCCGGCGGCAUUAAUAUUCCUCCUCCGCCGCCUCCUGGUUGGCACGGAGGAGGACUAGGAGGAGGAAUACACGGAGGAGGUGGUAGUGGUGGUGGUAUUCCUCCUCCGCCUCGGGGACCGCCAAUUGUGCCCCCCAAUAUCAAAAUUGUCAAUGCUGCGCCGCCCAAGAAGAAGAGUGGCGGCGGUAGCAGUAGCAAGCAAAAUGUCGGCGUGCUUAGCUUCCUUUCUGGAAAGCCUGUGAAAAAGAAGUAA